CAUAUCUAAAAUGCUAGUAAAUUAAUAUUUUCUAUUUUCUUCAUUAAUUAAAAUCCGUUUGGCAUUUCUCUAAAUUUAAAUUAAAAAAAAAUUAUUGCUGAAAAUUUCUUGAAUACCACAAUGGCUUUGCAAACUAGACUGCGGAUUUGUGUUCUGAGUGGCGUGAAAUCCGUCUUACGAUUAGUUACUUCAUGUGGGCAACCGUUACGAUUUUCGAGUACUGCGGGUGGUUGCAUACUACCGAAGAAAUCAAAAAAAGGGCCAAGCAAACCCAAACCUGGACGUAAAUGCAAACCAUACAAAAUCCCAAUUUGCAGUGAGGAAGCUUUGGCGGCUAAAAGAAAAACGAGACCCUGUCAAAAAAAAAUCAAGCCAUCAGAUUUGAUCAAUCCCGAAUGUUGUGUGAAUCCCUGUAUAAAAAUGCAUCCACGUUUCGACGAUUUGUAUUAUGCGCCGUCCGAGAAGAAUAAACUAUAUCAGCAAACUUGGUGUGAAUUUGAAGAACUGCGAAUAAUGAAACGACCGAUUUGUUGCUAUGAACAAUUCGAUAUCCCACUGCCGGAGCGACGUAAACUAGAACGAAAGGAUAUUCCCCCAUCAUCGCUAUGCGAAAUUGCAAAGCAAUGCCCCAAUAGUGUACAUCCAAAAUGUGUGAAAAUCGUUUGGCCAGGUUGUCGGACGAGGAGAUGCGAAUUCAAGUGUCACAACUUCCGAUCGCCGUCAGAUUGCCUAAAACUAUGCACACCCUAUCCCAGCUUCUCCGAGUGUGACAGAUACUUCGGCAAACCACUACCUCCCGUCGAGUGCGAUUGCCUUUCAACCUUUGGUUUUUGCGCAUUACCAAAAAAAUCUGAAAAAUCAUCGUAACUAAAAUAAUUUAAUAACUUUAAUUAUGAAGAGUAAAAUUUAUAUUU